CUUGUGGCUGAGGAGGAGGCCUCCUCCUCCUCCACCUGCUCCUCCUCUUUCCCUUUGUCCUCUUCCUCCUCCUCCUGCUAUCCUCUGAUCCCGAGCACCCCGGAGGAGGUCUCUGCUACUGGGACACCCAGUACUUCCCAGAGUUCUCGGACAUCCAGCUCCCCCUCCGCUGCCAUGGCAGUCAGUCUGUCCAGCAACUCAGCUGAGGGCUCCAGCAGCCCAGAGGAGGAGGGUGCAAGCAUUUCACAGGCCCCACCAGACCCUGAGGCUUUGCUCAGAGAUGCGAUAGAUGAUAAGGUGGCCGAUUUGGUGCAGUUCCUGCUCUUUAAGUAUCAAACGAAGGAGCUCAUCACAGAGGCAGAAAUGCUGACCACGGUCAUCAAAGAGUACCAAGACCACUUCCCUGUGAUCUUCAGGGAAGCCUCGGAGUGCAUGCAGCUGGUCUUUGGCGUUGACAUGAAGGAAGUAGACCCCACCAACCACUCCUAUGUCCUCACCAACACACUGGGCCUCACGUACGAUGGGACGCUGAGUGGUGAUCAGGGCGUGCCCAAGACUGGCAUUCUGAUACUUAUUCUGAGCAUAAUCUUCCUGGAGGGCAACUGUGUCCCUGAGGAGAAGAUCUGGAAAGCUCUGAGUGUGAUAGGCGUAUAUGCCGGGAGGGAGCACUUCAUCUACGGGGAGCCCCAGAAGCUCAUCACCGAUGACUGGGUGCAGGAGAGGUACCUGGAGUACCGGCAGGUGCCCAACAGCGAUCCCACCCGCUAUGAAUUCCUGUGGGGCCCAAGGGCCCAUGCAGAAACCAGCAAGAUGAAAGUCCUAGAGUUUUUGGCCAACAUCAAUGGCAGUGACCCCAGAUCGUUCCCGUUAUGGUACGAGGAGGCUUUGAGAGAUGAGGAUGAGAGAGCCCAGGCCAGUGUUGUUGCCAUGGAUGCCACUAGUGCCACGGCCAGUGAAAGUGCCAGGGCCGUGGCCAGCAGCUUUUCCUGCCCCGAGUAAAGUCUCAGGCCAUCCCUUAGUCUGUGUUUGAAGAGGGCGGUCA